GCUGCCCUCUCGCUGCGGAAGCGCCGCGCGUCUGACAGGCUGGUGCGCCCGCCGCUCUGAGAUGGCUGAUCCUUGGCAGGAAUGCAUGGAUUAUGCAGUAACCCUCGCAGGACAAGCUGGAGAGGUGGUUCGUGAAGCGCUCAAGAAUGAAAUGAAUAUUAUGGUUAAAAGUUCUCCGGCUGAUUUGGUAACUGCUACUGACCAAAAAGUUGAAAAAAUGCUUAUCUCAUCCAUAAAGGAAAAGUAUCCAUCUCACAGUUUCAUUGGUGAGGAAUCUGUGGCAGCUGGGGAAAAAAGUAUCUUAACCGACAACCCUACGUGGAUCAUUGACCCUAUUGAUGGAACAACUAACUUUGUACAUGGAUUUCCAUUUGUAGCUGUUUCAAUUGGCUUUGUGGUAAAUAAAAAGAUGGAGUUUGGAAUUGUGUACAGUUGCCUGGAGGAUAAGAUGUACACUGGCCAGAAAGGAAAAGGUGCCUUUUGUAAUGGUCAAAAACUACAGGUUUCACGCCAAGAAGAUGUUACCAAAUCUCUCUUGGUGACGGAGUUGGGCUCUUCCAGAACACCAGAGACUGUGAGAAUUAUUCUUUCUAAUAUGGAAAGGCUUCUUUGCCUUCCCAUCCAUGGGAUCCGGGGUGUUGGGACAGCAGCUCUGAACAUGUGCCUGGUGGCCGCUGGGGCUGCGGACGCGUAUUAUGAAAUGGGGAUCCACUGCUGGGAUGUUGCGGGUGCCGGCAUCAUCGUGACUGAAGCUGGUGGAGUGCUCCUGGAUGUCACAGGUGGACCAUUUGAUUUGAUGUCACGAAGAGUAAUUGCUUCAAGCAGUAAAGCAUUAGCAGAAAGGAUAGCCAAAGAAAUUCAGAUCAUACCUCUUCAAAGGGAUGACGAAAAUUAACUCUGACAGCUUCACACAUUCAAUCACAGUUGCGUCUCUCCAGGUUUUCUGAUGCACUCAUGGUGUUACAAAAUUCAGGACUUCUGUUUCACUUGAACAAUAUGAUUGGUGUAAAUUGCUUUCAGCGUCCAUAUUUAAAAACUACAGCUUGUUCUGUGUUUUACUAAGAGUAGGUGUGCAAGAGUGGAUGAAAUAGUCCAUUGUUUUAAAAAUGUCUGUGUGGUAAGAAUGUCCUCUGGGAAAGUUCACAGGCAGUUGGUGAGACAGGUUAUCACGUCAACUGCAAUAGGUGGCAGUUUAGAGUUUCUAAGUAUUUAUGAGCCUGUGAAAUUAUGACUCACUGUUUCUGUGCAUAUGCAUUCCUAAUGAGACAGUCAACUUUUUGGAAAAAGAUUUUUUUUGGUUUCAAAAGCCACAGUACAUUAAGUUUGUGAGAAGCAUAUGAUGAAUACUGCCUGGAGCAGGAUUUCUUUCUCUGCAGAAAGCCUUGCUCUGUUCAUCAGUGUGGCACCCCACAUGGAGCCUGUCAAACAGGGGGCAAUCAAAAACGAGCAGAGGGAGAGUGGGCGCCCUGAAGGCAGUGAUUCCAAAGAAGUGAGCUGAUCGCUGUGUGAUUUUACUUCGGGUGUGGACAUAAGAACUAUCUGGUCAUCCUGUUUAUAUCUCACCCGACCCUUCCUGUUCACAUUUCAUAUUACCAUGCCGCUCCAGUGACAGCACCAAGCAGACCUCGCUGCGCCGCUCCCCGCUCCAGGGCCGCGCUUUUGUUUUAAGUGGACAGUGGCCGCAGUGAGAGCAGAGGAGAGCGCGCUGAGCCAGAGACGCCGUUCUCGCGCCUGCGUGGGGCCGCGCGUGUCGGUUUCCUGUUGCACGGAACGCGUUGUCCCCAGGCCUGGGAGCGUCCAGUGGGGCCUGCUUAUUGUGCCACAGUUGUGGCGUCAGGAGCUCCGGGCGCCUGAGCCAGCAUCCCGUCCCGGGGGUCUUCCGCGAGCUUGCAGUGAGACUUGACCGGAGCUGCAGUGUCUCAGAGCGCCUGCUCAGUCUCGCGUGUGCGGCCGCUGGGGGCAGCUCCUGCUGUCUGGCGGCGGGAGGGGUGCCUUCCUCUCCCUCUUCGCCGCUGAGCGCCCUCAUCGCCUGGCGCCUGCCUUCCCCAGGAAGUGAACCGAGAGCGGAGGCAAGCAGGAAACGGCUGUGCCUCUUGUAACCUCGUCUCUGAAGUAUCACUAUCGCUUCCUUUCUUUUCUGUUUAAUGGAUGCGGCUCUUUAAGUCAGCCACACUCAAAGGCUGGGGAAUUCCGCGAAUAGGUAGCAUCAUUCUAGAAUUCUCUCUCUCCAGCUCCAGACUCAUGCUUCCAGAGGCCGAGUGAACUCUCUCUCAGUGUGUUGCAGAUGUCUCAUACUGUACGUGUCUCCAAAUAAACUCAAUCCGU